UUAUUUACAAUUACCAAUCGAACUUAAAGUUUCAUAAUAAUUAUAUAUUUCUUUAAGGAUAUUACAAUAUAAAGUAAUAAAAUGUUUGGUUAACAAGAAAAUAAAUAUCUAAUAUAAUGACUGACUUCGAUAUAUGCAGGAUAUGUUUAAACACACAAGCAAAAUGUUACAAAUUCGAUCAAUUUCGACUCAAGGAUUACUACGAGGAAAUUUUAGGGUUCAAAGCGAAUCCACUAGACAAUCUCCCUCAUACAUUCUGUUACGAGUGCGCCACAAUGCUCUACAAGUAUCAUAAAUUCAAAGAGAAAUGCUAUCUCGGAUUGAACUUGCUCACAGAGCUACUGCGAGAAGGACCUAUCACACAUGACUCAGUACUCAAAAUAAAAGGAGGAUGCAAGCAUCUCCAGUCUCCACUACAAAUAGUUACAGUAUGCGCCAAACACGUUAGGACAUACUUCGUCAAAGAUAACAAUUGUACCACCACAAAAAAUCAAAUUGAAAAUGUAAAUGAGAAUGUUGCCACAGCGGAAAAAAUGUCUGAUGAUUGUGUCCGUAAUGAUCCUGAAUUUGAUCCAGUAGCUAAUGAUAUUGAUUCUCCUGAUAGUUAUAGACUUGAAAUCGAUGAAACAUCGGUUCCUGAAUUGGAUGAAAUAAAAGAAAACAAGCAGAUUGAUAUUAUUGUUGAAAAUUUAAACGUGGCACCAUCAUAUAGUCCAAAUGCGUUGUUCAUCGAUGAUAAAGAAGAAAUAAUAUGCAAUGAUACUUUCAUAGAUAUCAUAGAUCAUGAAGAAGUAAUAAGUAAAACAAGUCAUAAAAAGAAGAAAAAGGGACGAAAGAAAAAAGAGAUAGAAGUUAAACGGCAAACACGUCGUGAGACAAGGAAUAGUUCCAAAAACAAAAUCACAAUGAGCAAAAAAGAAAAUUCUUUUAAGGCUACUAAUAAGAAAAUGAAUAUCCUUGAAGGUAAAAAUUGGAAAAAAAUUACUUUAAGUGAGGAAGAAGCACAAAAGGAAUUCAAUGCCAGAUCAGAAGAUCGUAAAUACAUUGCAGCAGCUUUCAAGUGUACAGAUUGUUAUAAAGGCUUCUCAAAGGAUGAAAUGUUAAAUAGGCAUAGACAAUUAAGGCACAAUAAGUCGAUCCGGUUCGAGUGUCGUUUCUGCCAUAUGCACUUCUCAAUGGACUGCUAUUUGAGAAAGCACAUGCGGCAACACUACACCAAGUACGAAUGUCAACGGUGUCAACGCAUAUGCCCCCUGGAAACAACAGCUUUAUUACAUGAGGAGUUUCAUACUGGUGAUGUGAAGAAAUGUGAGCAUUGCAACAAAGAAUUUCGACACUUGUCGACGUAUUACACACACCUGCGCACGCACAGGAGCGAGCAUGUGUGCACUCUAUGCGGGGUGUCAUUCGUCAGUAUGGCGGGACUGCAUAUGCACAAGAAAGUCAAACAUGUCAACAAUGAGAUUGAGCGUUCAGAGGACGAGACGAACCAAGAGGAAGUGGACACGUAUUGCGAACGAUGCGACAUACGCUUCGAGACGCGGCGGGCGUACGACGAACACCUGUCGCAUUCCGUCUUACACGUGGACAACGCUGAAGAAUCGGACGUAAAUCAAGAAGUGACAGACGCGACACACAAAACCAAGUAUAGGAAACCAAUGCGCGCGAAAACUAAACCGACCACAUGCCGGCAAUGCGGCAAACACUUCGAGACGCAGGCGGCCUGCCUGAAGCACCAUCUAGCGGAGCAUCCGCGCACCGCGUUCACAACAGACAGAUACGUUUGUGAAAUAUGUGGGGUGUCGUUGGCGCCGGGCAGUAUAGCGGCGCACCAAAACAGACAUACGCGCCGUAAAUUAUACCCGUGCGACAUCUGUGGGCGCACGUUCAACGUCAGCGUCGUGCUCAAGAGGCAUAUGUUGGUGCAUACUGGAGAGAGGCCUAUAUCGUGCAACUUGUGCGACAAACGCUUCACGAGAACCCAGAGUAUGAAGCUGCACUAUCGCACUUACCAUCUGAAACAGCCCUAUCCGAAGCGAAAUAGAAGAAAAAAGAAAGAGGACCAACCAGAGGCGCCGGAUCCAGAUCUCAUGUAUCUUCUAGACUCUUCUAUAAACACAAGAUCAACACACAAACAUACUCCAAGUUUAUUAUAGUUAUCAUAAUGUUAUUGUAAUUGUUUCAAUUAAUAUAAUUGAAAAGUGGGAUAUGGCAGUGAAUUUACAGGGUACAGAGGAAUAACACCCGAGUCCUCAGGAAUGGCAACGCAUGGGGGGUAUCAUGGGCGAAACAGUAUACUCUGUUAUGUCCAUGGUACUGCUCAUGUCUAUAGGCGACAGUUGCCAUUUCGCAUCAGAUGGGCCAUCAGCUUCUUUGCCAUUCUAAGUUGUAUAAAAAAAAAAUAUAUUGUUUCCAUUUAAAUAAAAAAACUACGAAAUGAAAAUUUCCCAAGUUAGAAACCCUUUUAGUUGUUUUACAGGGAAUACUUUGACUGUAUUGUACGUCAUUUCUAUUUUAUUUUCGUUGUCAGUAUUCGUUAGUGUCGUGCUUUAGCUAAAAAUGAUCACUUGGGUGGUUACGUAGCAUUUAGAGCAAUACCUGUGUAUGAAAGCUAUUAAUUUUUUUUUUUAUAUAAUUUAUUUAAACUUAAUAAUAAUGGCUGUUAAUGAUCAAUUAAUGGCUGAUAUAAGUAUCAGCCAUUAAUCGAUCACUGUUGGGCAUAGGUCUCCCGAUAAGGGGGUUUGCCAGUAGAUGCCACGCUUGGCAGGCAGGUUGGCAACCGCAUUUAGACUUUGGUGAUGUAUAUUUGAAUUUAUUUAAAUAGCUAAUUUUUGUACAUGUAUUCGCAAUCGAUUUUUUUAUACAUAUGAACUAUAUACUACAUAAAUUAUUAUACAUUUUGUAUAAUUCAUAAUUAUAAUUAUUAAAAUAAUAAUUUUAAUAAUAAA